AACACUAGACGGAGCUGUGGGCACACCAGUCGGCCAGCUCCAGGCUGUCAUGGACCCUGAAGGCCUGGCACUCCUGCUGCCCCCUGCCACUCUGGCCGCCUUGGCAGAAAGCUGGCUUCGAGAGGACUGCCCAGGCCUCAACCACAUGGCCUUGGUCACGGGGGCAGCCUCCUCACAGGCGGUGCUGUGGGCCAAGUCCCCCGGAGUGCUGGCUGGGAGGCCCUUCUUUGAUGCCAUCUUUGCCCAAGUCAACUGCCAGGUCUCCUGGUUCCUCCCCGAGGGAUCAAAGCUGGUGCCUGUGGCCAAGGUGGCUGAGGUCCGGGGCCCUGCCCACUGCCUGCUGCUGGGGGAGCGGGUGGCCCUUAAUAUGUUGGCCCGCUGCAGUGGAGUUGCCAGCGCUGCUGCUGCUGCUGUGGAGACCGCCAGGGGGACCGGCUGGGCCGGGCACGUGGCAGGCACGAGGAAGACGACACCAGGCUUCCGGCUGGUGGAGAAGUAUGGGCUCCUAGUGGGCGGGGCCGCCUCCCACCGCUACGACUUGGGAGGGCUGGUGAUGGUGAAGGACAACCACGUCGUGGCAGCUGGUGGUGUGGAAAAGGCGGUGAGGGGGGCCCGGCAGGCGGCCGACUUCUCCCUGAAGGUGGAGGUCGAGUGCAGCAGCCUGCAGGAGGCUGCGGAGGCGGCCGAGGCAGGAGCAGACCUCGUCUUGCUGGACAACUUCAGGCCUGAGGAGCUGCACCCCACGGCCGCGGCGCUGAAGGCCCGGUUCCCGAACGUGGGCGUGGAGGCGAGCGGAGGCAUCACGCUGGACAGCCUCCCUCAGUUCUGUGGGCCCCAUAUCGAUGUCAUCUCUUUGGGGAUGCUGACCCAGGCUGCCCCGGCCCUCGAUUUCUCCCUCAAGCUGUUUGCCAAAGGGGCCACUCCAGUGCCCUACGCCCACCGCUCCUAAAGCCAAGGAGGCUACGCUGGCAGUGGGAUAACACGGUUUCAUGCAACUCUCACGAUUUCACUUCUUUAAGUCCAGUGGCCAACAGAACACUCUCAAGUUAGCCUGGGCUAAAGUCCCACUCUGUCAUGUACUGCUUGUGGGACCUCAAAGGACUGACUUCACCUCUGCUCACCUCAGUUUCCUAAUCUGUAAAAUGGGUCUAGCCAACCUUAUGGAUUUCUUUGGAUGAUAAUUAACGCAGAGUAAGUGCUUAGUAAAUGUUAGAAAUUACCAU